AUCAUCAUUUGGAGGAAUUAGUGUUUGUUAAUUCCAGAGGAUUUACUCUUGCAACCGAGGUGCCUAAUCUCACAAGAGCAGCGAAAGAUAUUGAACAUCUUGAAGUUCUCUCUGAAGAGGAGCCUUCUUGAGCACUUGUUUAACCUCUCCCAUGCAACCCUUUUUGAUUUCGCCAAAUGCUUCGUUAUACCUGGAAGUACACGGGGAGCCCCCUCUGUCGCGCACCGGCUUCAUCAUUCUCUCCGUCAUCAUGGCCUUUUUCACCGGUCCAGCCAUCGUUCUCAAUGCCACAGUGAUUACUGUGACCCUCAUGCACAAGCAGCUGAGGCAGCCACUUAAUUAUGCUCUGGUGAACAUGGCUGUGGCGGAUCUGGGCACAGCCAUGACUGGAGGAGUGUUGUCUGUGAUCAACAAUGCGCAAGGGUAUUUCUCCCUUGGCAGGACAGGCUGCGUGAUGGAGGGCUUUGCAGUCUCCUUGUUUGGCAUCACAUCUCUGUGCACAGUUGCUCUGAUCGCAGUGGAGAGGAUGUUUGUGGUGUGUAAACCACUGGGGCAGAUAACCUUCCAAAAGAAGCACGCGCUCGGAGGCAUUGCCUUCUCCUGGCUGUGGUCCUUCACAUGGAACUUACCUCCGCUGUUUGGAUGGGGCAGGUAUGAGCUGGAAGGUGUUGGGACCUCCUGUGCACCCGACUGGCACAGCAGAGACCCUCAAAAUGUCUCCUACAUCCUGGCUUACUUCGCAGUGUGCUUUGCGGUUCCUUUCGCCAUGAUCCUGGCAUCCUAUUCCAAACUACUGUGGACAUUGCAUCAGGUAUCAAAGAUGGCGUGUGUGGAAGGCGGCGCCGUAGCCAAAUCAGAGAUGAAGGUGGCAUCCAUGGUGGUUCUGAUGGUCCUGACAUUUAUGAUCAGCUGGUUGCCUUAUGCCGGCCUGGCCAUGCUUGUGGUGUACGACCCUGACGUCAACAUUCCUCCACUGGUCGGCACCGUGCCUGUUUACCUGGCCAAGAGCAGCACCGUGUACAAUCCCAUCAUCUACAUCUACCUCAACAAACAGUUCCGUAAAUACGCCGUACCCUUCCUGCUGUGUGGGAGAGAGCCAGGGGUGGAUGAUGAGACGUCCGAGACGGCAACAGUGGUGGAAAAUGCCAACAAAGUGACUCCUGCUUGAAAUGUGCAAACAUCUCCAGCUGUUGUGUUUUGCCAGGAAGAAGAAUAUAAAUCAGUUCAAAAAAUCACUGUUAUCCAUUACACAAGCAACAGCAACGUGUGUUUACAUGUGUGCAUGUAUGUGAGAUGUGAUUAUGUGAAUUACAGGAGUUGUGAAGUGACUGUUCACCAAUAACAGGAGAAACUGUAAUUCAGCAUAAGUUUAUUCAAUGAUGGUCAAUAGAAAAUAAAAUAUCAGUAUUGAUUCAAAUAAAGUCAAGGCCAAAAUAAAAUGAAAAAUACAAAAAAUGUAUUGAUACAAAACCUAGAGGGUUAUAGUAAAGCAUUUGCUACUAAGAGAAAUGAUGUUUACAGAAUAAAAACAUUAAGGAGCAAAUAUCAAGACUUUAAAGUAGAGAACAUUACCAUGGGUCUUUCCAUACGUUUGUACAUAUUUUACAUUAUCUUCUAUUUUAAUACAUCUUUCUGAACAUUAAUAGUUGUAAUAGUAAUAAUUAGAAUCAUAACAAGAUGAAGAAAACUAAUAGAAACGUUAAAAUCAAUAUGUGUUUCUCUGUAAACUGGUUCUUUACCUUUUUAUUUUUUUUGUUUCCCUACCUGUGUAACAGAGGAACAGUGCACCUUGAAAAUAUUUUUUAAUACUCUUUCAUUCCCAGCAAUGUAAGGUGAGGUGUAAAUGACAAAUAUAGAUUCCACUAAACCAUACACACAGUCACAAAAAGUACAAAAUUGUCUCACCUUAAUACACAAAUCUGUUUUAGAAAAAGGAGAAACAAAAGCACUAUACAGUUACUUGUGCAAAGACAAACAGCUAUGUGCUAAUAUUUAAAUACCAUUGGUAUAGACUGAACCAAAUCCUUAUUUUCUUUUUUUCUUUUUUCU